CAGAGCAGCAGCAUGUUUCCUCUCCUCGCCGUGGCGGUCUCGGUGGUGGCGGCGGCCGCAGCGCAGCCAUUGUUCGCCGAUCUCGAUGACCUGGAUUACGCGGACUUGGGCCCCAGCCUGGGCUCCAGCUUGGGCUUCGGUUUCAGCCCCGACUUCGGGGCACGCCGGCCGGCCGUGCCCAUCGUGGAGCAGAGCUUCCAGAUGAUGCAGGACGGAGCCAACAAGUGGAGCUUCGAGGCGGCCGACGGCACCGGCCGUUGGGAGGAGGCCGCUCCCGCGUGGACGGGCGCCGGUGUCCGCGGCGGCUACGGGUACGUCGGGGACCACGGACCCGUGGCGAUGUCCUACGUGGCCGACAAGUACGGCUUCCAGCCCACCGGCAACGCGGUGCACCCGGACAUCGUCGCGGCCGUGGCGCUGCAGGUGGCGAAGGCCAAGGCGGAGCCCGAGGGGAUGUGGGACGAGAACGGUUUCCCCGUGUUCGGCUUCAGCGACUACUAG